UUACUCCUUGUUGAUUAUUGCUGUGACGUUGGUAACGUUUUUUUAGAACCUCAGGUACUUUCCAGUUGUGCAGUUUUAUCUGAAAAGUACUUGUGGGCGGAGUGUAAGUACCUGUGAUAAGUACCUCUAGGAUUACAGUAGGAUUACUGAAGUACACAAUAAUAUUUUCUUAAGAUGGAUUCAUUUGUUCAUUUGUAUUCGUGGCACUGCACAGGCCACAGUUUGAAACAAAAGACACAAAUAUGAAACUAAUUAUGUUUGACUCAAGUUGUAUUUGUCUGGAGCACAUUUGGAGUUCAUCUGAAAAACACGUCUGUCAACACAACAAGUGGCUUUGUUGAAGUGCAGGAGCAUUUUUCUCCUCAACUUCCUUGUUGUGGAAAGUCAGCUGUGUGAUUCCAUGGAAAUAGAAAGUUAAAACCAUACUGUGGGACAUUCUCCGUGGAGAUAGAUAUGUUUUAUGGUUUAUGUUUUAUGCCAUUCUGUGGAAUAUUACAGCCGUGGACAAAAAUUCCAUGGAAACAAGCAGGAGCAGGCCCCCUUCAGGUCACAUAAGAGUCAGGUUUAUGGAAAUGCAAGCCCACUCACAGCGGUUGUCACUGAGAACAGGCGGCAGUGGGACUGUUUAAGCAGUUGUUCAAGAAAUGCACCUCCAUUAUUCUCUAACGAUGGACCUCAUGAGCGAUCUCCUAGAGUGAAGCUUGUCAUGCCGAAGGAGGCGGAGUCUUUUUGUGGUACAGAGUGGAGUGACCGGUCAAAAGAAUCCCCUCCUGAGUUCAGGGAGGAGCCUGUGCUUCAGGUCGACCUUCAAGCGCCGGCUACUUCCUCUGUCCAGAACAGUGAGAUGUACAGCAGCUGUGCUCAUGAACCAAGUGCAGACAGAGUUAUACAAAGUCAUCGUGACACACUGAGGAGGCGUUUUGAGCAAGUGAGAGAAGGAGCUGAAGGAACGCAGAACAAUAAAGUCCUGGACCAGACCUACACUGAGCUGUACAUCACUGAAGGGUGGAGGCAGGGAGUCGACACGCAGCACGAGGUGAGACAGUUGGGGUCACAGCUGAAGAGGAAUGCAACCAAUGACCAUCCAAUCAGAGUCCACGAUAUCUUCAGGCCCCUCCCACCUGAUGAUAAACCAGUCCGAGUGGUCCUGACGAGCGGUGUGGCUGGGGUGGGGAAGACCUUCUCAGUGUGGAAGUUCUGUCUGGAGUGGGCCAAGGCUGCGGAGAACCAGGACUUGGAUCUGGUGGUGCCGCUGUUCUUCAGAGAGCUGAACCUGCUCCAGCAGAAGAAGCUCAGUCUGCAGGAGAUGGUCAGGGACUUCCACCCUGACCUCACACACCAGACGUCCUCAAAGAUCCUGACGCAGAAACGCAUUAUCUUCAUUCUGGACGGUCUGGACGAGAGCAGACUUCCCCUGAACUUCAGAUGUGAGCAAAUCAGUGACAUCACAGUGAGGGCAGAGGUCAACACACUGCUGGUCAAUCUACUGAGGGGCACACUGCUUCCUUCUGCCCUUAUUUGGAUGACCUCCAGACCUGCAGCGGUCGGUCAGAUCCCUUCAUGGUGUGUAGACAGGGUCACAGAGGUCAGGGGCUUCUUCACUGAUGCUCAGAAGAAGGAGUUCUUCAGCAGAAGGUUCACAGAUGAAAGACAGUGUAAGACAAUCCUGUCCCACAUCCGAGUGUCCCACAGCCUCUACACCAUGUGCCAGAUCCCAGUCUUCUGCUGGAUCACAGCCUCUGUCCUGGAGCACAUGCUGGAGACCCCAGACACAGAGUUUCUGCCGCAGACCCUCACCCACAUGUACGCCCACUUCCUCCUGGUCCUGACCCGCAGGAGGAGGAGGAAGUAUGGAGCAGAGAGCAGGGGUCCAGACCUGACAGAGGCAGACUGUGACACCCUCCUGAAGCUGGGAAGACUGGCCUUUGAGCAGCUACAAAAGGGAAACCUCAUGUUCUACAGAGAAGACCUGCAAGAAGUUGGCCUAGAUGUAACCGACGCCUCCUACUCAGGGCUUUGCACGGAGAUCUUUAAAGAGGAGAGCACCAUCUUCCAGAAGUCUGUGUUCAGUUUCAUACACCUGAGCGUACAGGAGUUUCUGGCUGCAGUCUACAUGCAGCAUUGCUUCACUUACAGGAAGGUGGAAGUCCUUGAAUGGUUCGGUGUGGAUGAUGAUGAUGAGGAAGAGUCAGAUGAAGAGAACCAAGAUAAACCUGUAGCUCUGGAUGAGUACCUUGAGGACUUUUUAAAAAGAGCUUUGUUAAUAUCUUUUGAAAGUGAAACAGGACACCUUGACUUAUUUGUUCGCUUUCUUCACGGCCUCUGUCUGGAGUCCAACAGAAAGCCCUUAUGGAGCUUACUCGGCUGUGAGUGGGUCGAACCAGGUACUUUACAGAAAGCUCAAAAUCAGCUGAAAAACAUGAAGAUCCGGUUUGAAUGUCCAAAUAGAGGAAUCAACAUCUUCCACUGCCUGUUGGAAAUGAAUGACAAUUCUGUUCAGCAGAAAAUCCAAGACUUCGUGAAGAAUGGGGACAGGUCAUUGAAGCUGUAUGAGAUCCAUUGCUCUGCUCUGGCCGACCUGAUUCAGGCAUCUGAGGAGGUCAUGGAUGAACUGGACAUCAGUCAGUACAACGCUUCACCAGACGCUCGCUUACGACUCAUUCCAGCUGUUAAGAACUGCCACACAGCACGACUCUCACAAUGCCUGCUGUCCAAGGCUCACUACGAGCUCAUAGUCUUGGCCCUGGGGUCAGAGCGGUCUCCUCUCAGAACGCUGGACUUAAGGGGGAACUGGCUGGAGGACUCAGGGCUGGAGAUUCUCUGUGUGGGACUCAACAGCACAAACUGCAGACUGGAGACUCUGUUACUGGCCAACUGCAGACUUACACGGGACAGUUGUAAAAUGCUGGCCCAAGUUUUGGAAAAGUCCAGUUUAAAAGAGCUGGAUUUAAGUCGGAACCUGAUCGGUGAUAAUGGACUGCAGAUGCUGUGCUUCUCUCUAAAGCGUCCACAGGGGGCGCUGCACACUCUCAGGCUGACGGCGUGUGAUCUGACCAGUCUCUGCUGCUCCUCUCUGGCCUCAGUUUUUGAGUCCGGCUCUGCUCUUAAAAGUUUGGAAAUGAACGAAAAUAAGCUCCAGGACUCAGGCGUGGCCCUUUUAGCGUCUGGUCUGAAGAGUCCACUCUGCAAACUGGAGACGAUGAGCCUGACCCACUGUGAGCUGACCGAACAGAGCUGCUCGUACCUGCCUUCAGUCCUGAGCUCCAGCCCCCUCACUCACCUAAACCUGAGCUACAACGGGCUUCAGGACUCUGGAGUGAGACUGCUCUCCCUCGGGUUACAAGGGUCCAGACUGCAAGCCCUACGGUUACGUUGCUGUCUGCUCACCGCUGAUGGAGUCCAGUCUCUGACUUCAGUUCUAAAGGAAACCCAGCUGAAAAAACUGGACUUAAGUCUGAAUCGGCUCCGAGACCAGGCUGUGGGACCCCUGAGGGACGCUCUGCUGGAACCCCACUCUCUCCACAAACUCAGGUUGAAAGACUGUGGGAUGUCCAGAGAAGGUUGUGAGUCUCUGCUCUCGACGUUCCACUCAAAUCCUCAGAACCUCAAACAGCUGGAUCUGCAUCUGAACUACGCCCAGGUCUCCCUCCAAAACCUGCAGCAGUGAGGACAAAACUGACUUUUUAAACCUUUAACCAUAAUUAUAUCUUCAUCAUCCUUGCUGGAGUUGUGUUUUGUUUUUUUUUGUUCAAGUUUGUAUCAUCUGAACACAAAACUGACUUUUUCAGGGCUUUCAACCAUGUUAUAGUUGUUUUCUCUUCUCAAUUGCCCUCUCGAAGUUGGAUUUAGAGUGAUGUUUGAUUAAUUUUUAUUACAUAUUCACAGCAUCAUUGUUCACCUCCGCUGGUCCACGCCCACUGUGACGUACGGACUUUGUUCUCCAUCUGGAUUUUCUUACUCGUGAUACGUGUAGGACUCUGCAGCGUCUCAUACUCAUUUUGGUAGAAAUAUGAAAAAAAAUCUGCUACUCACUACCGUGAUGUGCAGUUAUUCAUAGGAGGGGCUGACGGCAUGUGGUGCUUCGUUGUGAUGAGGUUUACGCCAACGUCAGCUCCCACUGGGCACCACAGUUUAAAGCGAAAGUUAGUGAACUAGAUUUUUUUUUUAAAUGUCUUUUAAAGUAAUUUUAGAUAAAUUAUAACAUAAUCCAUGCGUGUCAUAGAUUAUAACUAUGCGUAUAUAACUUCUUUAACACAAUAUACAGUAGCUAGGCAGCUCUAUGAAAAGAGGUACAGAUGUAGGCUACUUUGUGUAAACCAAAUAAGGCAGGAUAUGUUACAUAAUCAUCAAAUCUGUCUUUAUGACUGACAUUUGUAACAUUUAGUACAUGUAUUGCAGUAUACAAGUGUAUACAUGCUGUACAGUAUAAGUGUACAUGUAUAAUAGAGUAUAUAUGUGUACAUGUUAAGCCAGGGGUGUCCAAACUUUUUUCAUCAAGGGCCACAUAUCUAAACACAGAAGAAGCAGAGGGCCUAUCGAGGGCCGUAGACUGGAGCUAAAAAAAAACUGUGAAUAAUUGAAAUAUGUACAUGUUUAACACGCUAGAAUGAAGCAUCAGUCUUUAUUCACGCUAAGAUCCUCAAAACCACACACUAAAUAUUAAAUAUGAGCUUUAUCAAAGUAGAUUUUCAAAAACUUGCUGUAAAAAGCUCAUUUUUAACUGGUGCACUGUAAUUUGGGCCAAUUCAACUGGAAGCCUGAGGGCCAAGAAAAAUUUGUCUGAGGGCCACAUUUGGCCCACGGGCCAUAGUUUGGACAUGCCUGUGUUAGGCACAUAAUCAUACUAAGGCAGUACUAGUGUCAGGAGCUAACACCAUUAGAGACUUUUUGGGUUCAUAUGUGUCAUACUAGUUACUACACAGUAAUAGAUCUAAUGUUACAUUUUGUUGUGAUUUAUUACAAAUGUGAAACUUGGAUUCAUAUUUUAUUAGGGUUAGGGUUUAUUAGGGUUGGAGUUUAUAAGGGUUAGGGUUACAUCUGAAGGAUUUGGACUAUAGUGAGAUUUCUAAAUAUUCAUUUAUUUAAUUUGCACAAUACAGUUUUUUCUCCACUUCACUGUUUCCAUGAUUAACAGAUCUGACACCCAAAAGGAGUGAGCAGAAAAAAAAAAAAAAAAAACCCGCUCCAUAGCCCCUCUUACAUAACAGACAAAACGUGAUCACCAUUGAACACGGUGACAGUGUCUGUUUUUUAAAUCCUGAGAAAAGCAGAUGAUGUGGUUUUGUGUGAGCUGGGAGAGGUUGGGAAUGGGUCAGUUUUGUUGUAUUGUUCUUUUGAAAAUGAAUUUAGAAAUCCUUUGGUGAAAUAUUCACCUAGUCCUCAUAUUUUCUGGAGUCUUGACUGCAGCAAGAUGAAAUGCUUUGUUGAUUCUAAUGUAUAAUUUUGAUUUAAUUUAAUUUGAAUAAUUUUAAAUUUGUGAAACCUGGAUGAAGAAACUUUAUAUUCAAAUCUAUAAAUGAGUCAGUUUGUGUUUGUAAAAAUGCAUUUCAGUGGAAGUCUUUGUGAAUGGUGUUGUAUACGUCCAUAAAAGGACUGUUCAUAUGUUUGUAAGACUCUAUAAUGAAAUAAAUUGUAUUCAGUUAAAUCUUUUCAUAGAGUAGAAAAAGUGAAAUAUCUGGGUUUCAUGUGACGUCACAGGGCUCCGUUUGUCAGCACGCAAAAUCAGAUGGAGGCAGGAAGUGAACUGACUGGAGGAAAAUGCCGAUGUGUUGUGUAGUUUACGGCUGUGCCAAUUGUUCUAACCGAGAGAAGUAAAAGCGAUUUUUUUUAGAGUACCGGAUAUAGUCGUCCACAAAGGUCAGAAAUGGGAAAAGCCGACAGAACAACGUCGUAAAAAGUGGAUUACAAACCUGUUUGCGGUCGGGAGGAGCAGAAUUCGCUAAUGCUCGUGUCUGCAGUGACCACUUUGACAAAGGUUUGUUACAAAGCUAAAUUGUUUUUUGUGGUUUACCUAAACAUAAACGAAUCAUUAACGACUAACGGCAAACGACAUUUGUUGACAUUAAAUAGUUCAGAUUGAGGUCACUGCUGAUACACUGCAGUUUUUCCCAUAACGUCUAUACACAUAAAAUAAGAGAAACACUCACCCCGGCCGAAGACCAAACCAUAAUCAUCAUUUAGGCGUUUUGCACCAAGGUUGAGGACCCAUCCACUGACAAAAAAAGUUCUAUGCCUCCAAACUUUUGUACUUUGCCUUCAUCUGUUGUCUGGUGUAGAACGAUGUCUGAAGAGCUAAAUAGUUCAUGAUCUCCUCUGCCUUGAUUGUCGGCAAAUCUUUUACUUCGGUUGAAAAUUCUCUCAUUUUCAAUAAGAUCAGGGUCACGCCCAAUAUAUUUGUCGACUAACUGCUCGUACUUUUGUCUUGCUACUGGCUCUAAAUCCUUACAAUAAGAACUCUUCUCCAUAUCUGUGUUCUCCAGAGCCGUGUUUGUCGUGUUUGUCUUCACUUCCUGCCCUCCACCUGAAAUUCGCACAUCAUCCUGAUCACGUGACUGAAACCCUCCUAUAAAAUAACCUGUACCUGAUUGUGAACCAUGAAUGAGGAACAUGCUUCAGUUUUCACUUUUAGCCCCGCACACUUAGUCCCUUCUGUCGACGUCACAUUGCACCGUGACAUGGAAAUGAUUGUCUGGGCAGGCUUAGGCAGCUGUUUCCAUGUAAGUGUCCACUGCUUUUAAUUGCAGUUUUACUCUUUAACUCUUGAAAAUGGAAUCCAACAGAGAGUUAAGUGUGUGAGAUGGUGUCAGGCUGUUGUUUUUUAACGAUGUGACUUUUGGAUUUGUUAUGGUAAAUGGAUCUUUUGUAUAUGUCUUGCUUAAAGAGCUAUUCAAAAGACUCUCUGUCUCUUUUUAUUUUUAAUAUAACAGAAAACCAGUGUGAUAACUCAUCUUAUCAAUAAACAAUCACAAAAAGAA